CUAAAUGCCCAUCACUUUCCAGCAUGGGCUUCACUCACCAGAGAUUACUUUGGCAUCAUGAUGACCUCAGUAUCAAGUGAGCGUGCAUUCUCGAGUGCAGAAAUCACUAUCACAAAGCAUCGAAACCACCUUAAAGGUGACAUUGUGGAGGCUUUUCAGGUUCUCAAAUGUGCGUAUAGAAAGGAUCUC